AGCGCGAGCCCGACGCUGACUUUCGUUGAUUUCACGGCCGCAGGUGUUGCUGUUAAGAAGCAUUUCUGAAAGUUACAAAUAGUCCCUUUAAAGGAAGAAUUUGACAUUUUCGGAAAUUCGCUCAUUCAAUUUGUGGCAGUGAAUGUUAGUAAGAUGAGGAGAUUGAUACCACUCUCAUAUCUGUCCGUUGAAAAAGCUACAGCCAGCAGCCAAUUAGCUUAGCACAAAGACUGAGUUCUGUCCAACGGUCCAACAAAAUCCACCUACCAGCAUCUCUGAAGCUCAAUAAUUAACACAUUAUACUGUGUCUUGUUUGUCUAAUCUGUAUAAAAACUGAACCUAAAUUGUUGAAUAGUUGUUUUUACGCUUCAUUUUGUACAGAUUAAACAACAGGAUGAAUGUCCUAUGUAGCCAAAGAUGGAGCUGCCACCUCGGCCAACAGUGUUUGACUUCCACGGAGUCCCCAUGACCAAAUACUACACUGGCGAGAUACAGAACUUUAAAGCAAGACCAGAGGAUAUUCUUAUUGCUACUUAUCCUAAAUCAGGAACAACAUGGGUCUGUUACAUCCUGGAUCUUCUCUAUUUUGGGCAGACAUGUCCAGAGCGUCAAGCAUCCAUCCCUCUUCAUGAGAGAGUGCCAUUUCUGGAGAUCUGCAGUCCUUUUCAAUCCACAGGUAUGGACUUGGCAGACCAGAUUCGCACCACUCCUCGCCUCAUAAAAACUCAUCUACCAGUCCAGCUUGUACCCAAGUCCUUCUGGGAGCAGAACAGCAAGAUAGUCUAUGUGGCUCGUAAUGCAAAGGACAAUGCAGUGUCCAAUUACCAUUUUGCCCGCAUGAACAGUAAUUCUCCAGAACCAGGAGACUGGAGCACCUUUCUACAGAAUUUCAUGGAGGGAAAGGUGGUGUAUGGAUCCUGGUAUGACCAUGUGAGCGGCUGGUGGGAGAAGAAACAGACUCAUUCAAAAUGUCACUGGGUGUUCUAUGAAGAUCUGAUUAAGGACACGGGACGAGAGAUAGACCGACUCUGUUCCUUCCUUGGUUUGACUCCUUCAGCUGAGGAGAAGGAGAGAGUCACAACUGAAGUGAAGUUUGACAAUAUGAAGCAGAACAAGAUGUCCAACUUUUCCACUCUCUUAACUAUGAAUCAAAAAGUGUCUCCGUUCAUGAGAAAAGGGAAAGUUGGUGACUGGAAGAACCACUUCACUGUGGCCCAGCAUGAAAAGUUUGAUGAGGACUACAAGCAGAAAAUGAAAAAUCCUUUACUGCAGUUUUGUACUGAAGUUUAGAGGCCUAUGCAUAAUGUCUUGAACUGCCAUCUCCCGGUUCCCUCCCAGGGUCACAUUUCUCCCAUUUUUCUCCCGAUUUUAAAACCUUUUUUCCUCAUUCGUUAUCUCAACUUGUUUCUGGCACUGUAUAACGUAUAUAGGCCCUACUGUUUCCACCCAGACAACAAUAGAUAUACUGCUCAUACACUCACACAACACAGUUUGAGCUGGGCUCGGCGUACAUCACAGCGUGCAGUGCCCAUGUUGGGCUUUGCUCGACGCAGCGAAAAGCUGUCGUGGAGUGCCGCAAGCCUUUAGAAAUAAUGGGUUUUAGAGUGCAUUGGUGGCGUUAUCGCGUUGUCUGGAAGGACCUUCGGUGAGUGAGAGAAGGAGAGAGAAAUGGAGAGUACUAGAGAAAGAAAUACUCAAGCAGGAGCAAAAAUGAAUGAAUCAAUAAAAACUGAUGAAUAUCUGUUUAUGCCAGAGAUUAACACAUGCCAGAGGGGUGAA